AAUUUCCAGAUAAUUAAUUGUUAUUAGUUGUAAUAUUUUGAUAAUUAGAAAUGGGCCGCAAAAAGAACAAGCUACUGAGAAAAUUGAAACAAGAAUUGCAGGAUCGUGCUUUUAAUCCUGAUCCUGAAGAAGAAGCAGGAUUCCCAAGGCUCUCUGGCAAACAACUAUCCAAGAGACACAAAAAGAUCAAGAAACUCUCUCGCAAGCAACAAGUCACCAUCACCAAGGAGCACAGAUGGUAUCUUGUGAAAGUUUUUGAUGACCCACUGCCAACCAGAGAGUUUUUGAAGGAGAGCUUCAAGACUCUAGUGGACACUGAGUUCGUGAUACAGGGCUACCACCAUGCAACCUCCUCUGCUCGCUUCUUCCUCGAGGAUAGCUCGUGUGCUGCAAUGGCCAUCAAAGGCCUCAACAAGCGCAUGCAGGGCAGCUCUGGACGUCUCAUGCAGAUACAAGUGGAGCCUUGCUCCUCUUUUAUUAUUCUCAAUGCUCAGCAGAUGCUCACUGUCAAAGAGGUCUUGAUGAAGCGCUAUGACCCGACACGCAAUUUCCUUGACCUAUCGUCAUUCCACCUGGACCCAAUGCUGGUGAACGAAGGCGUAAUGCCAGUGCUUUCCGACCCUGCAAUUUUUCGACAAGUGUUGGUGGUGGUCCGUGAUAACAUCCCCGGUCUGACAACGAUGUCUCUUGGCAACAACAGACUUCGUCUCACCAACAUUCGGGUUGUAAAGGGUACUCUUGGCAACAGGUGUCCUCUACAGCGGCUUAAUCUAGAGUCCAAUGACAUAGAUAAUUUCAAAGAACUCAUCUGCACACUUGCUGUUUUCAAACUCCAAGAGCUAAAACUAGAUGGCAACCCUUGUCUGAAAGACAUAAAGAAUCCUGAUAUUUAUAUACGCACUGUUCUCUCGCAACUACCACAACUGAAAACUCUAGAUGGACAAGACAUUGCAAGUCACAUAUCUGGGCAAACGAGCUCUGGAGAUAUGAUAUCAUCGCUGAACACAAGCCUGGCAUCAACCAGCUUAGUGAGCGCCGACCCUCCUCCUGUCCCUGUCAACGAGCCUCUUGUUCAGAAGUUCCUCUCGGAAUAUUACAACUGCAUUGACAGUGACCACAGAGAACAACUUGUGAACGCUUACCUACCCACUGCAAAGUUUGGUAUAGAAUCACAUAUUGCUGCUGUACCGUCCGGGACAUGCGAGGGCUCGCACCACAUCUUAGAAGCCCUCAAGAGAAUGCCUGCUUUUAAACAUGCCAAGGAAACGUUCUCCAUGAAAGUACACAAGCUCAUGAACGAUCUUGCAGAAAUCGAAGUGUCUGGCCAACUGCAGGUCGCGGGUCAUCCUGACGCGGUCUCUUUCGUGCACACCCUGACGGUGGUGCCGUACAAUGCUGGGCUCGGCAUCACUCUAGGCAUCAUGGGCUUCAAGUAAACAAUAUAAUUCUAUCCAAAAUGCAGUAAAAAUUUAUUUCCAUUCAAUUUUCAUUUCAUGCUUGCUGCAAGACAAAAAUAAUUUGUGCAAAUUUAUAAGUAACUACUGGAGUCGAUACAUAUUUUAAAUGAAGUAACUAAUUAAAAUUUUUUUUUUCAAGUAAACAAAUUGUUCAAACAUUUUGAGAACUGCCUGAUAUGCAGUUUGAUUUUGAGAAUCAAAUUGAUUUAUGAUCCUGCUAUUUGGAAACCUUUUCAAAACUUUUUCCUCUGACAAUAAAUAUACUAAAAUUUCCAA